CUUAUCGCUGUUAUAGAAACAGAAGAAGCGUUUACUCAAUUAUAUAAAUGCGAUCCACAUCAGCAAUUCGAACAAAUUUUGAAUAGAAUUUUGAAUAAUUUGACAAUAAGUGCAAAAAUGUCUAUAAUCGGAGUUUUGAUCACCCACCUAUAUAAUAUAUGUGCAAUUACA